UUUCGAAACUCGGAACAAAAGCUGCACUUGAGUCGAAUGCCUGGUAUUCAUUCGCCAAUAAUACUAGUGCACUUCAAUUGGUUUUAAAUCGAUUGAUUCUUUUUAGCAUGAGUCUCUAGUCCAGGGCUCUCAGGUAUUUGACAACUGGGUGGAACCGAAGUUCGAAAUGUACAGAGUUUUCCACAUUUACUCCUACACAAAUGCAGAUGAAUUCAUGAGUGGAGAAGACACUAAGCCUAUCGUGACUGAAAUAGGAAACAUCACCUAUCGUGUGUAUCAAAAGAAGAGUGGACUCAACUACUCAGACAAUGAGGCCAAAGUGAGGUACAUCCAGAACAUCAGUUAUGUGUUCGACGAGGAGAAGUCCUCUACGAUGGAGAACGAGACAAUCACUGUUCCCAACUUCCCUCUAUUUGCCAACAACUCCAACGACGGAAGCUUCACCAUCGACACUGGUUUCGAUAAUGGAAACACCGAACGAGCCCAUAUCUUAAACUGGAACGGGUACCAGCAACUCGACUUCUGGGCGGAAGAGUCGUGCAACAUGAUCAAUGGGACUGCAGGGCAGUAUUUCCCAUAUGAUGUUCCCGAACAUAAGAGAUUGUAUGUGUUCAUGCCACUGAUGUGCCGAAGUGUCUUCUUUGAAAAACAGCAAGACGAAGAAAUUGAAGGCGUGAAAACCACUAAGUUCACGCUGAGUCCUCAAGUGUUCCAGAUAAGUUUCGAGGACAAUGUUGGCUUCUGUCCCGAUGGAAAACGAGAACAGUGUCUCGGAAAUGGACUCAUUGACGUGUCCAACUGCUACGCCUCGGCGUUUGGACUUGACCUCAACUGGAAGAGCAUGACUCCUUCCUUGAUCAUAUCAGCCCCUGAAUUCCUCUACGCAGACAACAGCACCGUGCAAUCAGUGAGAGGACUGCAGCCAAAUGAAAAAGAACACGGCACACAUCUCAACAUUAAUAGGAAGACGGGAGUGUUGUUGACAUCUGCGAAGAGACUGCAAAUGAACACUGAGCUGACUAGCUUCGCGGGAGUUGAGAGCAUGGAACACCUACCAUGCAACUGGACCUACAUAGUACCCCUAUUCUGGGCUGAACAGCUGUUCCCGGUGGAUCUCUCCGUGGCUAAAGUAGUUGGGGAUGAGUCCCACACUAUCAUGGCAGUUGAAGUGCUCUCCUACAUCGUCAUCUCAUUCGCCUGUCUCUUCUUCCUACUAACCAUAGUAGCGUACAUCCAUCGAUGCUACCUAUUCAAUCAAAAGAAGUCUAAAGAUCUGGCGCGGCAGAUGAGAACUGACGGAAGUUAUGCCGAGAGCUUCUAAAUCUAAAUGACUGGAAAUGGCGCCUGUGCCACAUGUCCGAACAAUCAGUGAAGCAAAGUUAUGAAGUAAAUCAGUAUCGCUAAAUAAAUCAUAAAUCGAAAAAUCAGGCUCUUUUCCACCCAC